CAAAAAAUCUAAGCCAUCAGAUGAUUCAGCGGCUGAAGCAAAACAGGACAGAAGAACAGUGGAGGUGAUGCCAUCCUUGCUGAAUACAGUUCCAAAAAAACACUUUCAAGCGAAAUGAGACGACUCCUAGUCAACAUUUUAGUUGCUCAUAUGGUAGAAAUGCAUGGUUCUUCAAUACGGAGACAUCGUCAAAGUUGCUUGAAAGGUGGGAUACAGCUUUCAAACCAAGAAUCAUCGAAGAAGCCAUGGACUUACUUCAACUUCUACUGUGUCCUCACUUCUUCUGUCAGGAAAACAUGAGAGAGACAGUGAGCAGUGUUCUGACAGGGACAGUGACAUGGCAAUACUCCAAUUGCUGCUCCAUCUUCUUCCACCAUCACCUGGAGGGAAAAAAAAGCUUCAAAAAUCAGUGCAUCAGAUGCAGUGAAAAGGCUUUUGGUGUAUCAUAAGUCUUGUACCAGCCUUAAACAACAUCUACAGGAAAGAGAAGGAUGACAACCAUAACUUCUUGCUGUGGGCAGGAACCGCAACCAGAUUGAGCAUUUCUACAUAGCUCUCGACAAGAAUCUCAUCCCCUGUCAGUCUGAAGGCUCCCUAAGUGCAUUCGACGAGCUGUUUAAAGCUCACUUUGUUUUUAAUGUAAUGUAUGAUGAUGCACUCCUUCACUUUUACACUUUCAUUCAGACAACAAUUUACAUGAUUGAUGUUGGGAAAACCAAAGAGUCCCCUAGAGUUAAAGAGCUGAGGGCAAAAUUGCUAAAUUAGUCCCAUACAAGCAGAACAGCGUAUAAUGUUGUGUUUUAAAUGCCAAGAAUCUUUUUUAACUACUCAGUUACUAAUUUCCCAUUUAAGGCUUCAGCAUGCAUUUUAUCCUAGUCCAAAUUUCAAAUUAAUAUGUGCUCAAGACGAAUGCAGAAAAUAAUUUACAACCUUUUCAGGAUUCAGAAAACAUUUAGACACAAUUCAUUAUGGCCAUUCUAAUACACAGCCAACAGCAUUUGACAUACAUCCUACUAGCGGUCCUUCUGUAUCUAAUUUGCAGGAAUCUUUAGUUGCGGAGCCUUUAGAAUCAUUGCCUGAAUUGUGAAUUUCUGAGAGCAGUGAGAUGGGUUUUGGCCCAGAACACAUGAAACAUAUGUGUGCAGGCAUUGUUGCAAAACUUCAAGGAAGUGGUGCCUCUAGUAAUGUGAUUUCAUCAAUUGUCUGUGAUCUGGAGGAAUUUACAACAGAGAUGCAUAAGCAAAUUAGCCAAAGUGUCCUUUCAGUUGUUCCUGCUAGUACUGAGUGCAGGUCAGCAGUGGAACAAAGUUUUCAGAAUUUUGAAAAUUCAUUCUCUUGUCUAAAUUCGGAAAAGAAAAGAACUAAAUACUUCACUGAAAAGUGGGGUGUGGUUGAGCCUCAGGAAAUUGUGCUCAGUGUUAGGUAUGAUACUAGACGCAUCAAGGAAACUGGAACAUAUAGUCAAGUACCAUUAAACGACACAUUCAUUUACAUUCCUAUAUUGGAAAGUUUGAAAUUCAUCUUCCGAAACGGUGAGAUUUGUGACCAGAUCAAAACACACAUCUCUUCCAGUCCACAUAUUUUCAGAGACUUUGUUGAUGGAAGCUACUGUAAAACCAAUCCAUUGUUCUCACAAUUCUCAAAUGCCUUACAGAUACAACUCUACUACGAUGAUUUUGAGACCGCAAAUCCCCUUGGUUCAAAACGUUGUAUUAAUAAAAUAGGCUGCUUGUACUUUGUUUUGCGCAAUUUACCUCCACAGUUUAAUUCAGCUCUUUGGAACGUUCAUCUGGUUGCUUUAUUUCAUUGUCAGGACUUGAAAAAAUACAGCUUUGAUUUGAUUUUGAAGGCUUUAAUAUAUGAUAUUAAAAAGCUUGAAAGUGAAGGAAUUCAUCUGCCCAUAUCUGCAGAAAAGGUGUACAGCACAAUAAGUCAAAUUGUAGGAGACAACUUAGCAAUGCACUCCAUUCUAGGAUUUACAGAGAGUUUUAAUGGCCACUAUUUCUGCCAUUUGUGUUUAAUUCAUAAAGCUGAUGCCAAGAUGUUUUUUCGGAGGAUGACCCGAGAAUAAUCACUUGUGAUGAAACUAGUUUUGAAGUGCAUUGUAGGAUGUUGCAGUCAGACCCACAACUCAAAUCUUUCUAUGGGGUAAAAAGAGAUUCAUCUCUGAACACAUUGCAAUUUUUCCAUGUGUGUAACAAUUUUUCUCUCGACAUUUCUCUCAAGUUGCUCAGUUUGAGCUAAAACUGUUAUUUCAGUACUUAUCUGAUAAUUUUAUUUCAAAAUAAGACUUGCUUUCUCGCAUAUAUUCUUUUGACUAUGGUUACUUGGAGCGUAAAAACCACCCUACAAAUGUUAAUCUGGAGCACGCUAGCAACAGCUUGGGUCUGAAUUCCAUUCAAACUUUGGGUCUGGUUAAGAAUACCCCGCUACUCUUUGGUGAUAGAAAUUGGAAUUUGCUGCUUCUAUUGCUGCAAAUAAUGAAUAUUACAUUUUCCCCAACAGUUUCCUAUGGAAUGACAGUAUCUCUUAAGCAUCUCAUACAAGAGCGCCACCAGCUUUUCAGAAUUUUGUACUCUGAUCGAAAUUUAAUACUCAAACACCAUUUCAUGGUACUUUAUACGUCUUGCAUUAGAAAACUAGGUCCUCUCGUACACUUUUGGAGUAUGAGGUUCGAACCAAAACACAAAAUUUUCAAGAACUGUUUAAAGAACUUCAAGAACAUUACUAAAUCCCUUGCCAGAAAACAUCAGUUGUCCAUUGCAGGUCACUGGGACUCAUUAACAUUACAUCGCAAAGAGUUUGGGCCAUUGUCUUUGCAAAAGAAAAUAGACCAUGAUGGUGAUGAAUUGUUGUCUUUUAAAAUUCCUGUGCAUGAAAAUGUCUAUUGCACUAAUUGGGUUAAAAUUGAUGGCAUUGAGUACAGAGUUGGACUACUUGUUUGCAAUAAUUUAAAACAUGAGCUUCCUGUAUUUUCCAAAAUAGCACAGAUUCUUGUAAUAGGUGAGUGUAUAGCUUUCAUAGUCAAUGAACUGGUCACAGAAUAUUUCAGUGAACACAAACAUGCUUUUGAUGUAAGUAAUGGUGAAUACAAGGAAACUGUUAUUCAACUCAAAAGUCUGCGAUUUUACAAGCCAUUUGAUAUGCAGUGUGCAUAUGGACCAGAAGAAAGCAUUUGUCAUGACAGAACCACGGGAGACCCAAGUGCGGGGGAAAAACAGAGUCUUUAUUUGUCACAGGUGUAGGCAAGGGAAAAUAUAAAUACAGGUCGCGAACUUCUCCCUCCAGGGAAGCAGAGAGACUGAAAGGAGAGUCGAGGAUGGGCUGCCGGUACUGAGAUGGGCGGAAGCGCCUGGUGGCCUCACUCGACUCAGAGUCCACGUAGCCUGGGAGGUGAGAAGCUGCGCCUGGAGAUGUAGUCGGUUAGUUCUCUCAAGAAGACCGCUGACUGUGAUGACCACUGACCGGAGCGCUGAUGCAAACUGCUGAGGAAGACAGAUCAGAAGGAGAAGUGAAAAGAACAAGGAAGGUGAAUAUAAAUACCAGGAAGCAAGACUUGACUUUGACUAAGGUGGUAUCUCUCCAGUGAGAAAACACAAAACGAGGAACUUCUUCAGGAGAGCCGCAGCAACCCCUGGGGCAGUCUGGGCAGACAAAAUCUACAAUGAACAGACACUGCACAACAAACACAGAGGGAAUUAUAAAGAGAACAUAACGAGGAGAUCAUAAUCAGGUGUGGAGUAAUUAAGGGAACGAUGAAGUCUAACGAGUGAAGAGCCAACAGGCGUGUGAGCACGGAGUGGAAAAACACCAGUGCAAGAGAAGUCAUAUGAAAACACGAGGGUGGGGCAAAUGACGCAGACACAAGCACGAGGCCUGCCGAAGCUCGGUGACAACCAUGUGCUCGACAAAAAACAAAACAAUCCCCGUGCCAGGUGAUGACCCGACCAAACCGUAACAGCAUUUAUGUGUUACUUUCUCAUUGUUUAAUAUAGAGUUUGUCUGAAAAGCUUGGUUUGACCCUUGUUAAAUGAUUUUAAUAUCCAGAGUUUAACGUAAGCUGGUUUUAUUAAAAGAAUGCAUUGCAUUAUUUACAGAAACUUUUAACAUCAUCUGUGAUUUCCUGUAUCAAAUUUGAAUUUAAGAGAGGCAUCCAGUUUUAUAUUGUUCCAACUGUAAUGCUCUUGUGAUGUGU